GCGAGCCCCGUUUAUAAGAGGACCUGCGCUCACCUGCUCCAGCUCAGACGUGGCCAGCUUGCCACACAGUAAACACGAGCGGAGGUACGCGAUCAAAGAUUCUUAUUUCUAGCUAAAAUCAGACGAAUUUUUAUAUGCAAAGCAAAAUUCAGAUAUAAUAUGUGGAAACUUUUGCUAAUUUGUAUCGUCAUGAGCGCAUUAUAUACCGAGGGAGAUGCUGCAUCAUCGGCGCGCAAGGUGUCGCGCCGUCGGCGAGGCUACGCCGGUGGAUAUGCAGGUGGCUACGCCAGCAGCGGGGGCGGAGCAGGUGGCUACACGGGCACCUACAAUGACUACGAUGACUACGGCUACGCGCCCAACGUUGGCAUCACGGAUCCCUACCUGUUCCACCAGCAGCUGACCAGCCAGAUUCUGGCCCAGAACUAUGCAACCCAACAAGCUAUAACGGGACUGGCCACGUCUGGCGAUGCGUACGCAUCUGCGGAUGCGACCAUAAGCGAUGAUGACACUCGCAUCCAGCAGCAGAUCGCCGCCCAGCAGGCCUACCACGACAACCUGGUGCGCCAGAAUAGCUACCGAGGCGGCUCCAACUCGCACCGCUAUGCGCCCAGCUAUGCCCUGGCCUCUGGCACCAUCGGCGCCAAUGGACACAAGCAAACGGCCUACAUCAGUCCGGCUAAUCCGGCAUCGCCCAAUAUCGUGAACCGUUUCGGCGGCUCCAGCAGCGGCGGUGGUGGCUACAAGGGCGUCUCUGUCUCCUCGUACAGCAGCAGCAACGGCGAUGGUACCAGUCGCCGUGGUGCACAGACCACCGUCAACGAUAACGGCAAGGUGACGUCGUACUCGGUGCACUCUUAGGGUGGACCCAAACGCGACUUAACUCAGCUCCUGGUGUUUAGCAUAACAUAUAUAUGAUAUAAACCUAACGAAAGCUAAUCACUCUCUAUUUAUAUGUUUUGAGACACAAAUACAUAACUACAAAUUAUAUAUAUAUAAAUAUAUAUUAUAUGUAUACUCCAAAUAUAUAUGUAUAUUCAUUAAGGGGGAAAUCUGUAUUAAUCUGUAUUGAAACCAAAAACCCAAAUAAGCAUAAAUUACAUAUAUGUAUGUCAUACAUAGGUAUAUGUUAAGGGGUUUUCACUGUACUAAAUAUACAGCAGUCAACUGUUUCAUUUGUUUAGGCAGAGGCAACACUCCAAUUCAAUUUACUUCGGCUUCUCUCUUAGUUAAGCUUUACUGUGUCAAUUUUGCUUAUUCAACAAUUUCAUAUUCCUUUUGCCUUUCUAUAAAUAAAUUAACUUCGUUUUUA